AGAGGCCCGGAGCGCAGGAGCAGGUUUGCAUGCCCCUCCCGCUACAGGCGCGCGGCGGCGCUAGGGGCGGGGCCGAUCGAUCUUCUCCGGCUCCGACGCCCUGGGUCUGCCGGGUUAGCCGGCGUUCGCUAGGGUGGGCGGCUGCGGGAUCCGCGCUGGCGGAUGAUGUGGGGCAGCGGUCGCCUGGCGGGUGCCGGGGCUUGCGGGGCUGCCGUGACCGUGGCCUUCACAAACGCUCGCGACUGUUUCCUCCACUUGCCGCGGCGCCUCGCGGCCCAGCUGCACCUGCUGCAGAAUCAAGCUAUAGAAGUAGCCUCGGGUCACCAGCCUGUGUUCUUGAGCUGGGUGGAAGGCAGACAUUUUAGUGGUCAAGGUGAAAAUGUGGCUGAAAUUAACAGACAAGUUGGUCAGAAACUUGGACUUUCAAAUGGGGAACAGGUGUUUCUCAAGCCUUGUUCCCAUGUGGUGUCUUGUCAGGAAGUUGAGGUGGAACCCCUCUCAGCAGAUGAUUGGGAGAUACUGGAGCUGCAUGCUGCUUCCCUUGAACAGCAUCUUCUAGAUCAAAUUCGAAUAGUUUUUCCAAAAGCCAUUUUUCCUAUUUGGGUUGAUCAGCAAACUUACGUAUUUAUCCAGAUUGUUGCACUAAUACCAGCUGCUCCUUAUGGAAGGCUGGAAACUGAUAGCAAGCUCCUUAUUCAGCCAAAGACUCGCCAAGCCAAAGAGAAUACAUUUUCAAAAGCAGAUAAUGCACAUGGAAAAUUUCAUAAUUAUGGAAGAGACCAAAAGGGAUUGACAAAAGAACUUCAAAGCAAGCAACUUCAAUCAAAUACUAUUGGGGUCACUGGGUGUAAAGAAACAGAUUCAGAGAGUACAGUUGACUCGUCACUAAUACCAAGCUUAUGGACUGUGAUAGGAAACAUUUUUUCUUUUGGGUCUGAGAAGAAACAAGUUUCGUCCUGGGGGUUAACUGAAAUCAAUGCAUUCAGAAAUAUGCAAUCAACAGUUGUUCCUCUGGACAAUAUUUUCAGAGUAUGCAAAUCUCAGCCUCCCAGCAUAUGUAAUAUGUCAGCAACUUCUGUGUUUCACAAACAUUAUGCCAUUCAUGUAUUUCCAUGGGACCAGGAAUAUUUUGAUGUGGAGCCCAGCUUUACUGUGACCUAUGGAAAGCUAGUUAAACUGCUUUCUCCAAAGCAACAGCAAAGUAAAACAAAACAAAAUGUCCUGUCACCUGAAAAAGAGAAACAGAUGUCAGAACCACUCGAUCAAAAACAGAUUAGCCCAGACCAUAGUCAAGAAGCUGGCAAGACUUGUGUGCUAAAGGUAGUCUGGAAUGGACUUGAGGAAUUGAAGAAUGCUACUAAAUACACCAAAAACUUAGAAGCUCUUCAUCUUGGGAAAGUCUGGAUUCCAGAUGACCUGAGAAAGAGACUAAAUAUAGAAAUGCAUGCAGUAGUCCAAAUAACUCCAGUGGAAAUUACCCCUAAAAUUCCAAGAGCUCUAAAAUUACAGCCUAGAGAAAACUUACCUAAAGACAUAAGUGAAAAAGACAUAAAAACUGUGUUCUAUUCAUGGCUACAGAAGAAUACUAGUACCACACUCCCUCUGAUAGUAUCAGAGGAAGAAUAUAUUAAGCUGGAAAUGAAAGAUGGGUUGAAGGAGUUUUCUCUGAAUAUAGUUCAUUCUUGGGAAAAGGAAAAAGAAAAAAAUAUUUUUCUGUUAAGUACCAAUCUGCUACAGAAGAUGACAAUACAAGUCCUUCUAGAUCCUAUGGUAAAAGAAGAAAACAGUGAGGAAAUUGACUUUAUUCUUCCUUUUUUAAAGCUGAACUGCUUGGGAGGAGUGAAUGCCUUAGGCGUCUCCUCCGUGGAGCACAUUACUCAUAGCCUCCUGGGUCGCCCUUUGUCUCGGCAGCUGAUGUCCCUUGUGGCAGGACUUAGAAAUGGAGCCCUUUUACUCACAGGAGGAAAGGGGAGUGGAAAAUCAACUUUAGCGAAGGCAAUCUGUAAAGAAGCAUUUGACAUAUUGGAUGCCCAUGUGGAAAUAGUUGACUGUAAAGCUUUACGAGGAAAAAGGCUUGAAAACAUACAAAAAACCCUAGAGGCAGCUUUCUCAGAGGCGGCAUGGCGACAGCCUUCUGUUGUUCUGCUGGACGACCUGGAUCUCGUGGUUGGCCUGUCUGCUCUCCCAGAACACGAGCACAGUCCUGAGGCUGUGCAGAGUCAGCGGCUCGCACAUGUUUUGAACGAUGUGGUGAAAGAGUUUAUUUCCAUGGGAAGUUUGGUAGCACUGAUUGCUACAAGCCAGUCGCAACAGUCUCUACAUCCUUUACUUGUUUCUGCUCAAGGAAUUCACGUAUUUCAAUGUGUCCAGCAUAUUCAACCUCCUGACCAGAUGUAUGCUAGCGCCCCGUUGCAGUCCAUCCCUCCUCCACUCCAUCUGCAGGAUCAAAGAUGUGAAAUUGUGUAUAAUGUAAUAAAAAAUAAACUAGACUGUGAUAUGAACAAGUUCACUGAUCUUGAUCUGCAGCGUAUAGCUAAAGAAACAGAAGGGUUUUUGGCUAGAGAUUUUACAGUGCUUGUGGAUCGAGCCAUACAUUCUUGUCUCUCUCAUCAGAGUAUAUCCACCAGGGAAGAAUUAGUUUUAACAACAUUGGACUUCCAAAAGGCUCUCCAAGGAUUUAUUCCCAUGUCUCUGCGAAAUGUCAACCUGCAUAAACCUAGGGACCUGGGCUGGGAUAAGAUUGGUGGAUUACAUGAAGUUCGGCAGAUACUUGUGGAUACUAUCCAGUUACCUGCUAAGUACCCAGAAUUAUUUGCAAACUUGCCCAUACGACAAAGGACAGGAGUGCUGUUGUAUGGUCCUCCUGGAACAGGAAAAACCUUACUAGCUGGAGUAAUUGCACGAGAGAGUGGAAUGAAUUUUAUUAGUGUCAAGGGGCCAGAGUUACUCAGCAAAUAUAUUGGAGCGAGUGAACAAGCUGUUCGGGAUAUUUUUAUUAGAGCGCAGGCUGCAAAGCCCUGCAUCCUUUUCUUUGAUGAAUUUGAAUCUAUUGCCCCUCGACGAGGCCACGAUAAUACAGGAGUUACAGAUCGCGUAGUUAACCAGUUGCUGACUCAGCUGGAUGGAGUAGAAGGCUUACAGGGUGUUUAUGUAUUGGCUGCUACUAGUCGCCCUGACUUGAUUGACCCUGCCCUGCUCAGGCCUGGCCGACUAGAUAAAUGUGUAUACUGUCCUCCUCCUGAUCAGGUGUCACGUCUUGAAAUUUUAAACGUUCUCAGUGACUCUCUACCUCUGGCAGAUGAUGUGGACCUUCAGCACGUGGCGUCAGUAACCGACUCCUUUACGGGAGCUGAUCUGAAAGCUUUACUUUACAAUGCCCAGUUAGAGGCCUUACAUGGAAGGCUGCUGUCCUGUGGGCUCCAAGAUGGAGGUUCCAGCUCUGAUAGUGACCUGAGUCUAUCUUCAAUGGUUUUUCUUAACCACAGUAGUGGCUCUGAUGAUUCAGCUGGAGAUGGAGACUGUGGUUUAGAACAGUCCCUUGUUUCUUUAGAGAUGUCCGAGGUGCUUCCAGAUGAAUCAAAAUUCAAUAUGUACCGGCUCUACUUUGGAAGCUCUUAUGAAUCAGAACUUGGAAAUGGAACCUCUUCUGAUUUGAGCUCACAAUGCCUGUCAGCACCAAGCUCCAUGACCCAGGAUUUUCCUGGAGUUCCUGGGAAAGAUCAGUCUUCACAACCUCCAAUCUUCAGAACAGCCUCACAAGAGGGUUAUCAAGAACUCACGCAGGAACAAAGAGAUCAACUGAGGGCAGAUAUCAGUAUUAUCAAAGGCAGAUACCGGAGUCAAAUUGGAGAGGAUGAGGCCCUUAACCAACCAGGACCAAUCAGAACCAGUCUGGCUAUCAGCCAGUCACAUUUAAUGACCGCGCUCAGUCACACAAGGCCAUCCAUCAGUGAAGAUGACUGGAAGAAUUUUGCUGAGCUGUAUGAAAGCUUUCAGAAUCCGAAGAAGAGAAAAAGUCAAAGUGGAACAGUGUUUCGACCUGGACAGAAAGUAACUCUGGCAUAAAACAAACUUCCAAUUUUUUGUGUGUAUUUGUGUGUGUAGUGGUUUGUCCCUGUGUUGUAACAGUGAAAAUGGUGUCUAUACAUUUCUUUUUAAUUUAACUUAAUUUGUUAAUCUAUAAAAUCAAAGAUUGGUAAACUUGUGUUUAUGUAAUGAUCAGAAUUACUUGAUAUUAAUACUUUAGAAUAAAUUGGGAUAUUUAUAAGAGUCUGUAUCUUUUCCCUAUGUAUUUAAAUCCUUAAUGAAAUAAUACUGGCCACAUGGAAUAACUGAUUUUUUUCUCCUUUGAAGAAAAGAGAAUGUAAUUAAAUACAUUUCUUAGAACUCAUUGACAGUUGCACAGUCAACAUCUUUCUUGCAUUUGACAAGUUUUAUGCUUAGCACCUUCUUGACUGUUUUGGAAAUAAAAUAUCCAGUUAUCUACUGAUCCAAUUAUCUGUUCUUAUCUGAAAAUGUGGAAUAUACAUACAAUUUAAAUAAAUUUAGUUGUUCCUUCAAUCAGAAGUGAGAUGACAUCCCCCUUAUAACAUCCAGCUGCAAGGCCAGGAGCUUAAAUGAUGUCCAUUCCUUGCCCGGCUCCAUGAUGACUUUAUCUGGAUGUGCUCUGAUCUAUGAACUAAAUUGUAAAGUCAGCCACCAUCA